AUGGAUUUGAGGAACUUCGGUAUGGACUCUGCCCUACUCUCAACCCUCCAAGACAUGCUGGAUUUCGGCGAAGACCACGAAAAAUCGACACAGAACAACCCAUCAAGAGCCUACGUCCGCGACGCCAAGGCCAUGGCGGCGACACCAGCGGACGUGAAAGAGUACCCGAAUUCUUAUGUAUUCAUUGUGGACAUGCCGGGAAUCAAGGCCGGCGAGAUCAAAGUGCAGCUGGAGGACGACAAUGUGUUGGUGGUGAGCGGCGAGAGGCGGAGGGAGAAAGAGGAUGGAGUGAAGUAUGUGAGAAUGGAGAGGAGAGUGGGUAAAUUUAUGAGGAAGUUUGUGCUGCCGGAAAAUGCGAAUACUAAUGCUAUUUCUGCAGUUUCGCGGGAUGGUGUGCUGACUGUUACUGUUGAAAAGCUGCCACCGCCGCAGCCCAAGAAGCCGAAGACAAUUGACGUCAAGAUUGGUUAA